AAACAUGUGAAUUUCGGUGUAUUUUUAUCAUUAUGAACGUAUUGGUCGCUAAAUUCCUCAUUUCUGCAACCACAAGAAAUUCCAUUAUGCUGUUAAAUGUGAAUUACCAGUUAUUGUGUCAUAUCUUUUAUUCAAAAGUUAAUGUUGAUUGGCGGGUAUCGCUUAUAUUAGGCCUACGGAUUUAUCUAAGAUGAAAAGGAUUUUUAUGAACGCUUGAAGUCAAAAAACAAAGGAUGAAAAAUGUUUUUCGUGCUUAUCCGUUCUACGUUCAUUGUAAUUUAUAUUUUUUCAUAAAGGUACAAACUAUAAUGCAAAUAAUUUAAAUUUCAAGUCGUAUUAUCUGCUAAAAUCGGAAAAAAGAAUAUUUUUUUAUAUUUAUUUAUUUCAUUACGAAGUUGAGUAAUACAAUACAAAAAUAUAUAUGUAUAACAUAUUUAAUGCAAGGGGAGGCGUAACUGUUAGCUCAAUAACCGAGAUUCUGAUGCCCCCCAUAUGGUUGAUACUUCAAAUAUUUAGAAUUGGUGCAGACCAUUGGGACCAGGAUAUAUACAGUAUAUGAUGGUCGAGAAAGGGCUCAGAGGUUCCAAAUGUGUCUUAAUAUUUCAAAUAUAGCUUCUUCAGUUUUGAGUCAUUCUCUUAACGCUUAAUUAGUUGUGCGAUCUGAUUAUGAUGGUUAUCACCGGUUCGGUUUGCACCAUCUAUUUUUAUUCCUGUUUUAAAUCAUAAAUUAUUGUCAUACGAUCUGUUCGAAGUAAGAGCAGAUGAUGCGGACCACAAUCAAAUGCAUGCACGCCCAAUUGGUCAUUUACUCUUUAACAAUCAACAAAGGAGACGAGAAAGACAUUUCACAUCUCGUAUAAUAAUUUACUAAUCUCGCACCAUCUUGAUCAUAUUCGUUGAGAUAAGUUUCAAAUUGGGAAGCUGGGCACAUCUUCACGCCAAAUGAACCAUCAAAUUAUCUCUGAAGGAAAUUUAAAUGCGUCAAGAUUGCACUGUAAUUUUUGAUCUCUCAAAGAAAGAAAGAAAGAAAAAAUAUACUAUAAACAUUUUCUUUAUAUGUACAAUAUAUUAGUAAUAUAUUACGUAUGUGUAUAUAUACGUAUCAAUUUAAUUAAUUUUGAUCAUUUAUGAAAUUGAUGAUGAUCAAAUAAAAAUCACUUGAUCAGAUUUCUUUUACCAGAAGGAUCAAGUUAUGAUAGCGAAAAGAUUAAUAUAAAUCACGUUAUAAUCA